AUGGAGAAACUUCUCGUCGAUAAGGUUCGCCUCCUGGAUUCGCGACUGGAAUCCCUCAGUGGAACAAAGACAGUUAUUCGCAUCGAUCAUGCCUUUUCAGCACUGGCUGGUGACAUUAUUGUGCAUAUCUCCUGUGGAGCACCCCCAAGAUUGAUUGAAGAAACUGACUUCUCUCCAACCUGGGUUAUUGAAAUGAUUCCAGACUCAUUACUAUUACAAGUGUUCCCAGAAGGUAUUGCCACGAUGGCGCUUGGAAAGACCGGUCGGCACUACAUUGACAAAAUAAAAACUCAGAUCCGCGAGGGCAAACUUGCCCCUGAUGAUAGCCUCAAUUCGGUGUUUCAUCAUCUGCUCACAAGCGAUAUACCGGAGUCUGAGAAAUCGACCCUCCGCUUACAAGCAGAAGCAACGGUUCUUCUAGUUUCGGGAACGUUCAGCACGUCUUUGGCAAUGUCGAUGAUUACAUAUCAUAUCCUCAGUGACCCUCAAGUCGAGAACCGUCUUCGAGUAGAUCUGAAAGGUGCCAUGGCGUGCUAUCCUGCUCGCGACCCUCUCUGGGCGGACUUGGAGAAGAUUCCAUACCUUGAAGGGUGCAUAAAAGAGACUCCCGUCGGAAUGUCCAUAAACUAUAUGACUACUGAUUCCUCCGUAUAUCCUGAACCAUUCAAAUUCAUCCCCGAGCGAUGGAUUGGUGACUACGCCCCGCAAAUGGACCGCAACUUUGUGCCCUUUGCGAAAGGAUCUCGGAUUUGUGUCGGAAUAAAGUAA